UUACUACGGGCUCACAUUUUAAAUUUUGGGCAAAACCCAAAACUUUUACUUCAGGCGCAGAUGGGGAAACACGAUAUUCCCCAAAGUUUCCUGACAUUUUCUUUGAAACUACCAAAAGUUCCAAAGUGCGCCUAAAUUGCAUGCAGUGCGCUCGAAGAUCAUGAAGUGUAGGCAGUGCACCCUAAGUUUUAAAAUAACCUAUAUUCACAGUUCUAAGAAUCCAUAUUUGGUAAAGUUAUUGUAUAUCGGUCAGGUUUCAUUGCUGCGUGUGUUUGUGUAUUACAAAUUAGUGUAAUGGAAACGGCCAACGGAAAUGAAAAAAUUAGGGGACACUCGAAACUAGGUCAAGAACGUUUUCGGUCCAUGGCUCGUUCAUAUUACCAUGAUGCUGUUGGAGCAUUACUUGUCUAUGAUAUGACUAACCGAGAUUCAUUCAAUGAACUUUCUCACUGGUUGUCUGAUGCCAGAACUCUUGCUUCCCCUGAUAUCAUGAUUGUACUGGUCGGUAACAAAAAAGAUUUACAGGAUACUAGUGGACAAGUUACUCAAUGGGAAGCUAGCGAAUUCGCUCAAGAUAAUGACUUACAGUUUUUAGAGACAUCAGCAUUCACUGGUGAAAAUGUUGAAGAAGCCUUUACUCAAUGUGUUCGUAAACUAAUCUUGAGGAUUAAAAAUGGUGAAUUAGACCCAGAUCGUUUAAAAUGUACUAAACAACCUCGUGGUUUAACAUUUACUGAUCGUCCAAAACUGAAUUCUAUCCCACAGGUACAUGUACAAAAUGAUUCAACUCUUUCAUAUCAAUGUAACUGUUAAUAAUGAUACUUAUUAUAAUUUCAAGAAUUCAAAACCAAAGGUACUAUUUGUAUUGUUGUCUAUAACAAUCAUUCCUUUGUAUAGUGAUGUCAAACAAACUUGUGUUUCAUAUUUUUCUCCCUUAUGAAUUCUCUUUUGUUCCCCUCUUUUCUCUCUAUGGUAUGUGUUUUCAAGGUCAUUUGCUUAUCAUUUUAUAAAGUUACUUUCUCUCAUUGCUUU